AUGGCGGACCUGGAGGCCGUGCUGGCCGAUGUCAGCUACCUGAUGGCGAUGGAGAAGAGCAAGGCGACCCCGGCCGCCCGCGCCAGCAAGAAGAUCGUGCUGCCCGAGCCCAGUAUCCGGAGUGUGAUGCAGAAGUACCUCCAGGAGAGAAAUGAAAUAACCUUUGACAAGAUUUUUAACCAGAAAAUUGGUUUCUUGCUAUUUAAAGAUUUUUGUUUGAAUGAAAUUAAUGAAGCUGUACCUCAGGUGAAGUUUUAUGAAGAGAUAAAAGAAUACGAGAAGCUUGAGAAUGAAGAAGACCGCCUUUGCAGGAGCCGGCAAAUUUAUGACAAGUACAUCAUGAAGGAGCUGCUGUCUUGUUCGCAUCCGUUCUCAAAGCAAGCUGUAGAACAUGUACAAAGUCACCUAUCCAAGAAACAAGUGACAUCCACUCUUUUCCAGCCCUACAUAGAAGAAAUUUGUGAAAGUCUCCGAGGCAACAUUUUCCAAAAAUUUAUGGAAAGUGACAAGUUCACCCGAUUUUGCCAGUGGAAAAACGUAGAAUUAAACAUCCAUUUGACCAUGAAUGAUUUCAGCGUACAUAGAAUCAUUGGACGAGGAGGAUUUGGUGAAGUGUAUGGUUGCAGGAAAGCAGACACUGGAAAAAUGUACGCAAUGAAAUGCCUGGAUAAGAAGAGGAUCAAGAUGAAACAAGGAGAAACAUUAGCCUUAAAUGAGAGGAUUAUGUUGUCUCUUGUGAGCACAGGGGACUGCCCUUUCAUUGUCUGUAUGACCUAUGCCUUCCAUACUCCAGAUAAACUAUGCUUCAUCUUGGAUCUGAUGAACGGGGGCGAUUUGCACUAUCACCUUUCCCAGCAUGGGGUAUUUUCUGAGAAGGAGAUGCGGUUUUAUGCCACCGAAAUCAUCCUGGGGCUGGAACACAUGCACAAUCGGUUUGUUGUUUACAGAGAUUUGAAGCCUGCAAAUAUCCUCUUGGAUGAACACGGACACGUCAGGAUAUCCGAUCUCGGUCUUGCCUGUGACUUUUCCAAAAAGAAGCCACAUGCGAGUGUUGGCACCCAUGGGUACAUGGCUCCCGAGGUGCUGCAGAAGGGGACGGCGUAUGACAGCAGUGCUGACUGGUUCUCCCUGGGCUGCAUGCUUUUCAAACUUCUCAGAGGGCACAGCCCUUUUAGACAACACAAAACCAAAGAUAAACACGAGAUAGACCGGAUGACUCUCACCGUGAACGUCGAGCUCCCGGAGGCCUUCUCCCCUGAACUUCGGGCCCUCCUAGAAGGCCUGCUCCAGAGAGACGCUAGUAAGCGGCUUGGCUGCCGUGGAGGCGGGGCACAGGAAGUAAAGGAACACGGCUUUUUCAAAGGCAUCGACUGGCAGCAUGUCUACUUACAGAAGUACCCUCCACCCUUGAUUCCUCCCCGGGGAGAAGUCAACGCUGCCGACGCCUUUGACAUUGGCUCAUUUGAUGAAGACGACACCAAAGGCAUCAAGCUUCUUGAUUGCGACCAAGAUCUCUACAAGAACUUCCCCUUGGUGAUCUCCGAGCGCUGGCAGCUGGAAGUAGCAGAAACCGUUUAUGAAGCAGUAAAUGCAGACACGGAUAAAAUCGAGGCCAGGAAGAGAGCUAAAAAUAAGCAGCUUGGACACGAAGAAGAUUACGCUCUGGGAAAAGACUGCAUCAUGCAUGGCUACAUGCUAAAACUGGGGAACCCGUUCCUGACUCAGUGGCAGCGUCGCUAUUUUUACCUCUUUCCAAACAGACUUGAAUGGAGAGGAGAGGGAGAGUCCCGGCAAAAUUUACUGACGAUGGAACAGAUUCUGUCUGUGGAAGAAACUCAGAUUAAAGACAAGAAAUGCAUUUUGUUGAGGAUAAAAGGAGGGAAGCAAUUUGUCUUGCAAUGUGAGAGCGACCCCGAGUUUGUGCAGUGGAAGAAGGAGCUGACCGAGACGUUUAUGGAGGCCCAGCGGCUGUUGAGACGCGCCCCCAAGUUCCUCAACAAGUCCCGCUCCAGCGUGGUUGAGCUGUCCAAGCCUCCCCUCUGUCACAGGAACAGCAAUGGCCUCUGACACCCAGGGCAGGAAGGUCCUGGGGAGACAGGGCCGCAAGGAAGCCCGUGCCGAGGGUUUUCAGCCCUUGAGAUGGAGCCUUUUGGAGAAGUCCGGGGGUCGGAGGUUCGGUCCCCGUGUCCCUAGGGCCCCUCCACGGCCGGGAGGACCCAGGACGCUGAAGUGCUCCCAGUAAGAGCUCUGACCGCUGUCGGCAUGGGGCCGGCCACCCCCCCCCCCCCGCCACGCCCCCCUCCCCCCGAGUGCCUCCCUCUGCAUCACAUCUGUCCACGCUCGAAACUACUGAAGAAACAAGCGAAAGUUCUUUUCCUUCGUCGCGUCCCGGUUUGGGUAUCUAUGAACUUAGAACUUGGAAUGAUUCCUGCCCAUCCCUUCGAUCUGUACGUCUGACCGUCAGACACAUCUUGCGCUUGCCAGGACGGAGCGCAGCCCUCUGCCGCGUUGGGCACGGAUGGCCCGGGCGCUGCCUCGUUCCCACGUGCCACUUUCCCCAGUGCCUGGUCCACGUGACCGCAGGGCAGGACGUGGGCACACCCACCUCUCGUUGCCCGGGGCUGAAAGCUGAAGAUACUUGCCGAGAAGGCUGCACUUGGGCCCCCACCGUGUGUGCGGAACCACGGGUACCAGCCUGCCUCCGACAGGGAACAGAGGGAGUGUGCCCUCAGAGGACGUGGCCGUCGCUCGUCACUGAGGGCGUUCCACAGCGGAUCGUGGGAAGGCCUGGCGGGCUGUGAAGGCAAGGCCAUGGGGUUUUGGCUUCCGGGGCAACAGCGGUUUCUCAGACAUCUUCAAAUAAACACAUAGCACUUUCACA